AUGGUCAUUCAGAGUCUGUUGCGAGUUCCUUUCAAGGUGGAGCUGCCGUCAGUGCAGGGCUCAAGACCUGAAAUGUUGGAAGUGAUUGAGGGGAGAAAUGAAGCUGAAAAGAGUGAUGAUGUUUACAGUUUGAUGGGCUUUGAUGUGGAGUCGGAUGUCUUAGCCAUCCGUCCAACUUUCGCUAAACAAGAGCUCUUUACUGCUAAGCUCAGCCCACUAAACAACGAAAGUGACAGCUUUUCCGUACAUGUUCACUUGCAUCAUCGACUGCUUUUAGAGAUGUAUUUUUCGAAGUUACAAGAAUUUUCGAGGAUUUUGCAUAACCUGUGUCGCUGA